AUGACUUCCUUACCAUUUGUGGAUGAGCUUAUAAAAGUUUGUAGCACAAUUUUAACUCGUAUCCAGUUAUCUUUGACUAAAGUGAAGGAAUUAAAAAAAGAAAGCGAUGAGGAGUACGAAUUGAACAAUGACUUAUCUCUUGUUAGAAUUAUUGAUUCUGAAGAACUUUGUUUAUUUGCGCCAUCUGAUGAAGUCAGUGCUAUAUUUACAGAAAUUGCAGAACAAAUUCAAAAUAUCAUCAGACAGUUACGUCACUCGUCGAAUUAUACCGAAGUGAUAUACAAUUACUUCCUAGAUUUUUUAUAUUAUUUCCAUUUUAUUGAUGAUCGUUUUACUGAAACGUUCACCGUGAAUCUUCUUUCAACAUUUAAACAGAACUUGACUAUUUUUAUUCAAUCCAUUGAAGCUUGCCGAGGCGCUCAAACUGGAGAUAUUACUGUUGUUAAAAAGUUCCUUACUGAAGAUCCAUCCUCCAAAAAUCGACCUUUACUCAAUGGACAUACACUAUUAUACACGGCUACGAUGAAUAACUGUUUCGAAAUGAUUAAGUAUCUAAUUGAAGAAGCUAAAUGCUCAGUCAAUGCUCUGAAUCAAAACGAUGUAUCUACAGAUACGGAUACACCAUUGCAUGUGGCUUGUUCCAACGGACAUGCAGAUAUAGUUCGUUACCUUCUUGGUCAAGGUGCUAACUGUUAUACAGAAAAUAAAAAGAAAGAAACAGCUACGAUCAUCGCUAAUUCUUCUUCAAUUCUUUACGAUGUCUUCUGCAAUCAUAUAGUUCUUGAUUACACUGGAAAAGAAUCGGAUAAAAUCGAUUUACCAACAAUGACAAUUGCUAAUGAACUAUCGUUGACAAAUUAUGAUAGAAGUUCAGCGAAGAAAAAUUGUGUUUGGGAAUUUAAGUCAUUACAUGAAAAACAUUGGCAAGUUUUCAUGGAAAAGGAAUCAAACGAAUUAAGUACAAAUUUACGAGACAAAUCAGAUAUGAGCAUCGAUCUCGAUGUUCAAGGUCAAAUAUAUACCAUAUCGAUGAUGACAUUUCUCAAAGAAGGCAAUAGCCAAAAUUUGAAUGAAAAUCGAGCAUGGAUUCGAUGUCGCGGAUCAAAUAUAUACAAUUUCGAUGUUAUUUCUCUAUGGCAAAUGAUGCUCAUUACACAUCCUUCUGUAACCGAUAAAAUACAUCAAGAACCACAGUUGAAAGCAAUCACUGUACCAUCAAUAUUCGAUCGAGAUCAAUUUGAUUAUCAUGUUAACUCAUGGUACAAUGCAGAUGAGAUGGUAAGUAAAUCAAUCGAUGAAGCAAUCAAUCAACGUCUUCGGUAUCACAUGAUCAAUACCCGCCUUUUGGGAAAGAUUACUUUCAAUUUAGAAUUGUUUUCUUUUACCAACGAGAGUGAAACAAUUCAAGGAAAUCUUCGGUGGCUACCGAAAUUUGUUAAUGUUGAUAUGAAAACAAAACGUAUGACGCCUGUCGACAAUUUUCAAGCGAUUGGUCUUCAGAAUAAUCCACCAAUACCUUUAAGAAAUAAAUUAUUACGUGAAUUUUCGAUGACGAAUGAUCAGGAUACUGGUUCAAGUGAAAUAUCUGACAAAAAUGAUAACUCGUCUACAAUUGAUGAUCUCAUGCCUGAUGUAAGCGAUAAUUUGAUGGAUAAUAUGGCAGAAAAUAAGAAAGAAGAAAUUGAAGAUGUUCCAUCAUUCAUACAAGCAGAACUAGAUACUGAAUUAAAAUUUGAUAGCGAUGAGGAAUCAACUAUAGACGAAAGUGAAUCAAAUAACUCAGCUAUUCUCGAAAAUAUUCAAAAUAAUAUUCGAGACAAGCGCAAUGACUUAAACCGAAAGAAUGCUGCUGUAAAACAAUAUGAAAAUAUCGUGCAAAGAGAACGUGACUUGUUAACGGAUAUUGAAAAGAAAAAAAAAGAGAUCGAAAGUAGAGAUGCAUUAAUUAAUCAAUUAUGUGACUACUUAUCAAACGCACCAGUAUCAGAAGAAUUCAUUUCUCUACAAAACGAAUAUGAAAAACAAGAGAAAGUAUUGAAAUUACAAGUGGAUGAAAUGAAUAAUAUCAUGCGGUGUUACAAUCAACUUGAAAGCGAUCUAGUAAGUGAACAGAAUAAAGUUCGACAAUUCGAAAAUCUUCGACGAGAAGAAGAUCAAGCUGUGAAAGAAUUGAUUCAAAUAAAAUAUGAUAUUUCGUAUACUGAACAUGUUCAAUUACAGCCGAUUAUGGUCGAAAAUUAUCUCAAAACAUUGUCUUACUCGGGUAAAACACCAAUGCAUGAAAAGAACAUCAGAAUUCAUCCGGACAUUCAUCAAAUACAAGAACAUUUUAUCUCAUGGAAUUUAGAAGCUUAUUCUAUUCAUCAUGUUACCAUGAAUGCUAUUCGUUCUCGAACUGAAAAGAUCAUCAAACAAGUAGCAAGACAAAAGAAGAAAAUUCAUGAAAAUACCGUUGUGGCUAUUUCGACUGCAACGGGAUCAGGCAAAUCGACGCUUUUACCUCCAUUACUUGUCGUUGCUGGUUAUGACAAAAUCUUAAUUACACAACCACGUCGAUUACCCUGUAAUCUUUUAUCAAAAAGGGUUAACUCCACUAUGGACAAUUCUAUUUUAAGUGAUUGGGCUGUGUCUGGUGCCCGUUCUAGCAAGGUCUUACGUGCGCCUAUUCUCUAUUUGACCGAUGGACUCCUUAAAGAAUAUUUAUUGUAUCGUGAACGAUAUUUGGUUCAUCAAGCGAAGAUUAGCAAGCAUGGACUUGUUUUCUUCAUCGAUGAAGUUCAUGAGCGUUCUAUAAACAUUGACCUUUGCCUUACUUUAUUAGCUCGAUUUCUAGAAAAGAAUCCUUCAAUCCAUUCAAAGUUGAAAAUUAUCAUUUCCUCGGCUACACUCGAUCCGUCCAUAGCACGAAUCUUUCGUCCAUUCAAAUUAUACGAAACAAAAUUGGAAACAUCGACUCUGCAUCAGGUCGAUAGAAAAACUCCUUCUACGGAGAAUAUCAUCGAUUUAGUUUCUCGAUUAAAUCAACAACUUGAGUGUAAUGAACAAAUACUUUGUUUCGUUAAAUCAACACAAGAAGUGGCACAAUUGAUCAAAUUAUUGAAGCUAGUGAAAGGUUUGCCAGCUUUUCCAUUAGUUCAAUCGCAGCCAUCAAAUGAACAGCAAAAACUUAUUGAAACAAAGCAUAUUUUCUUUUCUACAACAGUUGCUGAAACAUCUUUAACGUUUCCUUCGCUCAAAUAUGUUAUCGAUACUGGUCUUAUUCAUAUGCCUGUCUAUGAUCCAUCAACAGAUACAACUGAACUUUGUGAAUUGAAUGCAGCUGAAUCAACAAUCAAACAACGCCAAGGACGACUUGGACGAACACGAUCUGGUGAAUAUUAUCCAUUAUAUACGUUUAAUCCUUCCGACAAGAAAUUUCCAGUCCCACAAAUAUGUCAAACAGAAUUAGUUCAAAUCGAAUUUUCUCUUCGAAGGUCUCCAUUGGAAUGUGGGUUAGAUCAUUUAAAAAAAUGGAUGCCUAAUCCACCUAGUGAAAAAAUCAUUAGUGCAGCCAGUAAACGCUUGCAUCAACUCGAUAUCCUUGAUAAAAAUAAACAUUUUACAGCAAUUGGUAUAUCGAUUUCUAAAUUGCCCGAUUUCGGAAACAUAGAAUUGAGCAAAGCAGUUCUAGUAGGUUUACAGAAAUAUAACUGUGGCCGAGAUAUCAUUCGACUGGCUGCUAUUCUUGGUGUACUGAACACAUCAUCCAUUCUGCGUUCUAUUCCUGCUCGUUAUACAAAAGCUGAAGGUGAUUUUAUGACAUUACUCACUGUAAUGGAUGUCGUUCUUGCUCAGAAACUCAUUCAACCACCACAUCUAUUCGAUAUAGAUGAUGCUUGUAAACAAACUGGUCUAACAGAAAUAGCACAUAUCCUCCAACGUGCUAUUCUACGACAUGAGUCAUUUGAAACAUUUUUUUUCUCAUCAAAAGAAUACUGCGCAGCAGCUCAGUGUUCAUCGAAUGGUGACUGGGAACCAAUCGCUCGUGCUCUUCUCGAUGGCUACUCGGACAAUGUGUAUCUAUCACUGGCAGAAAUUCAAGGUAGAAAACAUUAUUACCUUCGCUAUACAGUUCCAAACACGACAGAAAAACAGCGAAAAGCUGUGCUCGAUUCGACAUCGAAACUUGCACGGCCUCUCAGUGCGCAGCCUGUUUCUCUAGUACUUGCUCGUGACAUUCGCAUUUCAACAGAUAUUCGAGCUCGAUCGAUCAUCUCGAUUCUCGGUGAGAUUCAGCCAGAUUGGCUUGAUCGAGCUCUUGAACGUGACAUUCCAUUAGUCAAUAAAGAAAUCAAAAUGUAUAAUGAACAAAUUAAAAGUAGUCCAGAUUUUAUGACCAUAUCAAGCAAUAUUGUUUGUACUUUAAGUGGCAGUCAAUUAACUUUAUCAGGACAAGCCGGUUGUGUGCUAGCGACAGAAUUACAUGUACGAAACAAACUUGUGGUAAAGUAUACAACACAACUUAUUUCGGAAAAUGAGAUCGAUCAAUCAUUGAAACAAAACGUUGAAAAUCUAAUCGAUACAUUGCAUAUUUUUCUUCCGAUGGUAUGGCGUUGGAAGGCAGAAAAACAGGUGAAAAUAAUAUUUCUUCAGACAAAAAAAGAAGGUGAAAUUGUAAUAAAAGCUCGUGAAGAAGAUUAUAAGAAUGUACGAAAAGAGCUUGAUUCAUUUGUUGGAUGGCUUCGAUCAUGUAAAGCUUUACACUUGCAUCCAGGUCUAUCACCUCGCCGCUUUAUUGAUCCACAAACGAAACAACCAUCGUCCGAUAUUGAAAGUCGUAUCAGACGCAUUACUGAUAUUACACUAACUUCAGUUGAUCUCUGGCCACGAGUUCGAGGACCAGCAGCGACGAGAGAAACACGAAUGGAAGUCGUAGCAUGGACAGCAGUAUGCCAUUUUCAUUGUAAAUUAGAAGGCGGUUUUAUUCGUGAUUGGGUAGUUGCGAAUCAGUCAGCUCAACCUCCAUUAAGUACUCCACGCCAACAAUGGGUUCAAUUUCAAAAUAAGAUUCCGGCUAUAGACAAAGCUUUAAUUCCAUCGGAUCUCGAUUGUCAUUUACCCAUUGAUCAUCAUUUUGAUAUGGACCGGUUUCUUGAUGAAAUGCACAAGUUUGAAAUACCAACAGAAGUAUAUCGGCAGCAUUGGCGCUAUAUAUUACUUUUUGAUCGAGAUUAUCCGACAGGACCAUUCACAAUGGAUCUUAUCGAACCGCAUGUUGCACUCACACACAAUCGCAUUGAUUUUGAUGUUAACAAUCUAUAUGUCAUGCGUGAAUUCUGUGCAGAAUUAGGUCAACGAGUCAAUCUUCAUGAUCCACCAUUUUCCAUUGAUCUUGAAGAAAUUGUUCAAAAGAUAAAAAUGAAGCAAUUUCGUGUACUACGACCCAUUGAUAACAUAGUACAGACACGUAUCGAUAAGAUGCUCGCACGUGGAUGGCAAAAGACCGAUGAAGAUUUGAAUUAUAUUCCACCACCACAAAACAAUUUCAAAUUUGUCUUAGAUCCAUUACCACAAAACUAUCAGAUUUACCAACAGGUUGAAAAUGCGAUGAAGCAAAUUCCCAAUGUAAAAAUUCUGUCUAUUGAGCAAAUUCGAAACCCAGUUGUCUACGAAACCUAUCAUGCGAUGAAAAAAUUGAUUACAGGUCAAUGUCAUAAUGGAAAUCCGAAUGAAUGUUAUUUAUUUCAUGGUGCACCUACAGACGAAGCUGAAAAAAUAAUGACGAUGGGUUUUGAUGAUCGCUACUUUAGCAAGAGUGGCUUAUAUGGUAAGUCGUAA